AUGGUGCAUAAUUCUGAGGAGAACCCUUACAAUCACUCUAUUUCCAUUGAAAAUUUAAACCGCUAUAAGCAUUUUCUCAAUGGACUUAACACCCAAGUUAAUCAGCUUGAGAAGCAAGUAAAGGAGGUUGAACAGUUUUACCAAUCCACUGAUGUUCAAAGCAAUGAUUGCAAAAACAAAGGCAGGGAGAAGCCUCCUAUUGGAUCUAAGAAGUCAUUGCAACGUGCUUCAGAAGAAAUGCAAGAGGAUGUCAUGCGGCAUUUCUCCAAAAUUUUGAGUGAGAUAACUCAGCACAAAUGGGCAUGGCCCUUUUUGGAACCUGUAGAUGUUGAAGGUCUCGGGCUGGAUGAUUAUUUUGAGAUCAUAGAGAAGCCUAUGGAUUUUAGCACUAUAAAAAGAAAAAUGGAUGUUAAAGAUGGCUCUGGUUAUAAGAAUGUGAGUGAGAUAUAUGCUGAUGUAAGGCUGAUUUUUAAUAAUGCAAUGAAAUACAAUGAUGAAAAGAGUGAUAUCCAUGUGAUGGCCAAGACCUUGCUGGACAAAUUUGAGAAGAAAUGGCAGCAUCUUUAUCCUAAAGUUGCUAAGGCUGAGAGUGAACUGUCAAAAGAAGAAGCACGUGAGAAUUUGACUAAAAAGCUUGCUCAAGAAACUGCUUAUGCCAACAUGACUAGGAAAUUAAACGCUGAGCUUUCUAAGGCAGAUAUGACUUUGACGAAUCUCAAAACUACAAUGAUUGCAAAAUGCAGGAAACUGUCACCUCGGGAGAAACUGUUACUUGCGGCUGAAAUCACCAAAUUGUCUCCUGAUAACCUCCACAACGCGUUAGAGAUACUUAAUGAGAAUAAUCCAAAUUUCCAAUAUAGUGCUGACAAUGUGACUACCGAAGAUGUGACCCUCGACCUUGACUAUCAGAGCGACUACAAUGCGUGGAGAUUGUAUAUGUUUGUCAAAAAUGCGCUAGAACUUCAAGAUGCAACAAGUGCGGUUACUCAUGAUGUCAACAUUGAGGAAAAGGAGCCAGAUGCCAAAAGGAGAAGAAUGGUGUGA